AGAUAGUCAGGCGCGCAUGCGCUUUACGCGCGUUGGGGUAAACUUCGGCUGAUGCAGACAGGCAGCAGGUGAUGGGAAGCACAUAAAGAAGCGUUAAGGAUCGAUUACUGAAUAUCCGGUCUGAAAGAUGGCAUCCGACUCUGAAGUUUGCGGGUCUGGUCACAUGAUCGACUCAGGCUGCCAUGUUUUCGGAGUGCGUUCCUAUUUGCAUCACUUCUAUGAGGAGUGCACAGCUUCAAUGAGGGAACAGCAUGAGGACCAGAGCCAGAGAUCAUCCCUGCAGUGGAGUCUAUGGAAGGUUGCACUUGCUCUUGGUGCUGCGCUCCUGGUGGUGGGACUGGUGGUCAUGACAGUGGGCUACGCCAUCCCCACUCGCAUCGAGGCAUUUGGCGAGGGAGAGCUGCUGUUCGUGGACCGCCAGGCCAUGCGUUACAAUCGCUCGCUUCACGUGUGUGUGCUGGUCGGGACAGGGAUUCUCACGCUGGGUGGAGUACUGAUGGCAGGAGGAAUCCUGAUGUCUAACUUCUCCACAGCUCCCACACCCACGAGACAGGAAGAGUCCAGUCCACGUUCAUCCAGAGGAGAACGGAAAGCAGGAACCAGAAUCGCGGGCGUAAUGAAAAGCCCAGCAGAUCCGGUAAUGAAACCUCCCAGUCCAGCCUCAAGUGAUGGAGGAGAAUCUCCUCUUGCUAGGAAUGAUAAAGCUCAGAAGGGUUUGUAAAAGCCGUAUGACAAUGCUCGUUCAAGUGUGCUGUCGAAGUAUUAAACAAAUGCUCCUUGUUUAUUUCUUUAAGAAAGUUGGGAGUGAAUGGUUUGUGUUAAAGGUUUAAAAAAGCCUUCAAUUGAAAAAUCUGUUGUUUUAUUAUCUCAAAACAUGUAGAGUAAAACUAUGGCGUCUGUUAUUCUGUAUUUGUCUUUGUUCUUGUGAAAAUAAUUACGGUAUAGUUAUGGAUUAAAUGUGAGCCUGGAUCACAAAACCAGUCAUAAGGGUUAAUUUUUUUUUUAAUUAAGAUUUAUACAUCUGAAAGUGAAUAAAUAAGCUUUGCAUUGAUGUAUGGUUUGUUAAGAUAGGACAAUAUUUGGCAGAAAUACAACUAUUUUAUAAUCUGGAAUCUGAGGGUGCAAAAAAAUGGAGAAAAUAGCCUUUAAAGUUGUCCAAAUGAAGUUCUUAGCAACACACAUUACUUUUAUUACAAAAAAAUUACAGAAUAUCUUCAUGGAUCAUGAUCUUUAUUUAAUAUCCUAAUGAUUAUUGGCAUAAAAAAAUCAAAAAAUUUGAGGCAUACAAUAUAUUGUUGGCUAUUGCUACAAAUAUACCCUUGCGACUUAUGACUGGUGUUGUGGUCCAGUGGGUGUUGUUUUACAGAAAGAUUGUACCUUUAAGAUCUUUUGUGUUUGGUAACCAUGGUAAUUUCAGUUAGGACCUUAUUUAAGACAAAAGCUAUUACACUACAUUAACGCUUGACGUAAGGAUUGUCUGAAGCGUGGCCAACAGCCAAUCACAGUGGCAGCAACGCAUGCGCAGGUCUUGCGUAAAUGAAAUUGGCUGGCUCGCACUAGUUUAUUUGCAUAAGGAGAUGUGAUUGGCUGACGCACGCGUUUGCGAAUGAAAGGUUUAUGAAUGUUCAACUUCUGCCGCGAGCAAUGGCAGUGACGUGACGUUGAGGAAUCAACAAUUCAGUUCGGCAAAGCAUGACGUCACUCAUUGAAAGUGAAUGGGAACCGUUAACGCUUUCGCCCUGUGUGAACGUACCGUAACAGAAUAAAGUUUCUAAGGGGGCGUGCACUCCACAGCGCUGAGCGCCGAGAGUUAAAACCUUUUGGUGAAACGCUCAGCUCGUCAAUGUCACUUCUCACUCGCCGUCCAAUCACAGUGGAGGAGGGGCGGGACAAAUAUUACAACAACCAACCGACGCAUCAGUCAAUGACUGAUAAACAAAGCAGAAGAAUCAUAGCAACCAAAGCACUCUGCUGAAAAAAAAUCUGGCAAAUGCCUACAGUCGGCAUCCGUUGGCGUUUUUAGCCGCAUUUAAAUGCUUUGGUGUGCAUGCUACUUUAGUGCAUUAUCUUAUUUUGUACCAGGGGUCUGUUGAAUGCUGUAUUCUGAUUGGUUGAGAAAUGUUCCACGGGUAUGCAUUAUUUUUCGAUAACCGCACACCUAACUUGCCAAAUGUCUUAAAAAUGGGCACCAGAGCAAUGUUUGUGGUGACCGUGGUAUAAGUGGAAUAAUUGACUGCGGUCCUUUGAAUUAUUUGAAAAUAAUGCACACCCACAGUGUUACUCCACUUUGCGUUGUGCUGCAUUACUACCUUGGGUGUGCAUUAUUGUCUAAUAAUUCAAUAGCCUAUCGUCAAUUUUUCCUUACUUAACUUUAUGGGAACCCGACAGGUAUCCUACCAGAAAACUAAAAUGAAAGCCAGCUGUAACAAUCACAUUAUGAUAAACCUGCACAUUGUUACUGUGUUUCAAUUGUAUUUUAUUUUUACUGAUAAAUUGGUGUACUCCUGCCCAGGGACAGCAGAUGAAAUUUAGCUUUGUAGCUAAUUCUGGGGUAGUAUUAUUACUGUCCAUUGUCCCUGACAAAUAAAGAACUAAAUAAAAAAUGCUUAUUUUUUUACCUUCACAAAUGGCCACUACAUCACUCCAUUAUUCAUAUUCAAUGUUUUUUAAUAAAUGUUAAAUGUUUAAAUGUAAUGCUAACUCACGGAUGAUGUUUAGCACAUUAAUGCUAAAAAAAAAAAACACAGACUGUGAUUACAAUUCAUUUAAUAAAAUUGAUUUUUUUUGCCCCA